AUGGAUUAUAGCGGAAUCAACAGCUCGGAUCUCUGGGUCACUGGCCAGGAGCCCGGCGGACGUAUCGACACGGGCGUGAGCCUCAAUCUCACUUACGCCGCCGGAUCAGCACCGGGAAAUAUCAGUGUUGCCCGGCUAGAAUUCGAUGAAUACGUGGUUGAGGACCAGGAGUUUGUCUAUGUGCCAGAUGCAUCUGCCAUGAAAUUUCCUCCCGGUAUACAAGGAGUCAUUGGGUUGGGACCCGAUAUCUCUUCGGAUAUCGUGGAACUCGACAUAGAGGAGGGCGGCAGCAAUCCCCUUAGAACUCACUCGGUACUCUCUCGCAUAUUUUCUCAGAACAAGACCAGCCAGAACUUCAUGUCGUUGCUGCUCACCCGGACAAACGAUACUGAAGAGGAUUUUGAAGGCGAAAUUACCAUAUCCACGCUCAUUACCGGUUUCGAGAACGUUACCUCGAUGCCAAGGCUACCCGUCGUCAAUGCCAGCGUUCUCGACGCUCGUUUUCAAUUCGCUCAACACUUGACGGUGGCCACGGACCCGGACCCUGUCGUCGUCAAUGGGCACCGCAUUCGCUCGCACUCCAUCGUUCCACACAUUGAUCCAGGACGAAUGGUUGCAACCUUCGACUCCGGCUUUACGGUCCCUCAAAUUCCUCGAGAAUGGGCUGACACCAUAUACGGCGAAAUAGAGGGGUCGUUCUAUCUGGAAGUGAACAAUUCCUGGGCGCUUCCUUGCAACCAAUCGUUGAACGUCACGAUCGGCUUCGGCGGCCACGCUUAUCCGAUACAUCCACUAGAUCUCAACACGAAACUACUCCCGCCUUUUGAUCGUGAUGGCGUGGAGUACUGCUUCGGCCUCUUCCAACCGAUCCAACCCAAUGCGCUCGACGCCCUUGCUGGAACAGCGGAUAUGAUUCUCGGAAUGGGAUUCCUACGCAAUGUAUACGCGUUGUUCGACUACGGCGACUUCGUCGAUGACUCCUCCAAUGACCGCGUAGAGCCGUAUGUUCAACUGCUCCCCAUCACAAAUCUGGAGGAGGCCACGAUCGAGUUCAACAACCUACGCGGCGUUAGCGCUGUUCCUAGCGCAGGUUACGAUGGUUCCGACGACAACACUACCACCGGCUCCGACGCCAUCACUGGCAUCGUUGCCGAACCGAAGUCCGACAAGACGACUUUCAUUGAAGGCGACCUAUCGGACUCUACCAAGAAGAAGGUUAAGAAGAUCGCUCGUAGGACUAUCUAUAUUAUCGUGGGAUGCGUCAUCGCGGCGGUUUUGCUUGUCGGCAUUUGCAUCUGCGGAUGCUGCUACGGCAUGUGCGGAAUUUGCCGCCGGGAUUCUAGCGGUCGUCGAAGGUGGGGUCUCAAAGGACAAAGCAUGCCCAGUGCCUCGAGCGGCGGCAAAUAUGCGUCGGUCAACAAUCCGAAGCCAUGGGAGCAGAGUUAUUGA